UUGUUCGGUUUGGCAGCCCUCCAUCCCCAACAUGAGGAGCUGUUAGAAAUCGACCUGGAGGAUCGAUUCCGCGCUAUCCAGCUGAAGCCGUACUGGACGGAGCUCCAGCCGCUCUACAUGGGCGCCCUGCACGCCCUGGUCCUCACCCCGGGCGACCUGCCACCCCUCGCGCACCUCAACGCCAUCCUAGACGCGCUGGACCCUGUCCUCGUCCCCAACGUGGGCGGGCUGGCCCUGCCUGAAUGGUACCCGGCCGACGUGGUAGAUGGACUCGUGCACCGGCUGGCGGAGGCGCUGCGGCCUGUGUUCACAGCUUCGGAGCCACCGCUGCCGCUCGGCGUGAGCCUCGACGACGACAUGGAGGUGCUGCUGCACGCUCGGGUGUUGUCUGAGGCGGCCCUCAUGGAGGACUUGUUCUGGCCGCCGGGACAGAAGGGCCGGGUGCAGCUGCCGAAGGGACUGCGGCCGGCGCCGGGGCGCAGGCACGGUUUCGGAGACCCGGAGGGAGACGCGGCGCGCGAGGCGUACAUGCGGGAGGUGGUGCCCUGGUAUCUGGCGGUGCGGCGGGUGCAGGCGUUUGCAUGUGUGAUGGCGGCUUAUGCUUGUGAGGACAGCAGAGUGGCG